AUGUCAUAUGACCCGGUGGAGCGAGUUGGCCGUAUCCAUACUGUUAUCUCGAGAUACUUCCGGUUUGUCAUGCUCUCUCACCGCUGGAGAGAAGGCGAACCGUCUCUGCGCGAUGUCCAAGGCCGCCCAUUGUAUGACAUGACACCAAUUGGGGGUGUCAAAAAACUCCAGAAGUUCUGUCUUACUGCUUUCAAGCGAGGUUACCUGUGGGGGUGGAGCGAUACAUGCUGCAUUGAUAAAAAUAGCAGUGCUGAGUUGCAAGAGGCGAUAGGAUCGAUGUUUGGAUGGUAUCGGCGUUCUGCUCUAACGAUCGUGUAUCUUGCAGAUGUUCCCGAGACUGGGUCAUUUGCUCCAAGCCAAUGGUUCGGACGCGGAUGGACCCUCCAAGAGCUACUGGCCUCCCACUCCAUUCUGUUCUACACUCGAACCUGGUCGCUCUACAAAAAUAUCGAAUCUUCCAAUCAUAAAGCAGAUGGUGUUGUACUAGAAGAACUCGAAAGAGCAACUGGAAUAGCAUCUCGGUUCGCUGACUUCGCUCCAGGUAUGGACGAUGCACGCUCGAGACUCCAAUGGGCAUCGUCGCGUCGUACCACCCGCCCCGAGGACAUUGCUUAUUCGCUUUUUGGGAUUUUCAACCUCUAUCUACCUGUUCUUUACGGCGAAUCUGCCGAAUUUGCUUUGGGUCGCCUCCUAGCCGAAGUCAUAUCACAAUCUGGGGAUAUCUCGAUUCUGGAUUGGGUCGGGAAGGCAUCG